GACAUGCCAGAGACUCACGAGGUGCGCCGUAGUAGCAGCCGACCCAGCCUGCAGCCCCGGCAAGGCACCAGCCGACGCUUCUCCGCACUGAACCGACCUUCCAAGGCCGACCUCAGCUCAAAUCCCGUGUCUUUGUCCGCCACACCAGUAACCACUCCAUCGCAGAAGCGAUUUGCACUUCAUCGUUUUACCGAGGCGCAGAAGGACACCUUUGCCAAAGCGCUUGGCGAGAUUCGGGCCGGCAGAAAGAGCAGCUGCUGGAUGUGGUUUGUGAUACCGACGCCGCCCCAUGUCGUGCACGGCGUGGAGAAGGGGAGCUCGGUGAACCGGAAGUUUGCCCUGAGGUCGGAUGAGGAGGCACGGGCAUAUUUGGCCUACGAGAACGAUGGUGUCAACUUGCGCCAGAACUAUCUCGCCAUGAUGACCGCUGUGCGAGAUCAACUGAAGGCUGGGAAAAGUGUUCCAUCUCUGAUGGGCCAGUUCGAUGCUCCAAAGCUUGCUAGUUCAGUACGUUUGUUCGAGCGAGUCACUCGCGGAGGCGAUGACCAGCUCCAUAGCGUCCUGCAGGACAUCAUGGCCUGCGUGGCUUCCCAGGCUUAG